AUGUUGGACAAGAUUGGAAAGUUUAGACGGCCACUCAACCCGUCGGUUGUAGGGAGAUUAGCAAGAUACAUCGAACCACCACCAAGCACCUUCACUGAACAACAGUUUGUCUAUCUCAAGAACGCCCUGGCCACGCACCCUGAUUUGGCAGCCCGUUUCACGACUAUCAUCGGCAAUGAAGACAAAAUCCAAAUCGCAGAACCAGGCAGUGAUACUGCUGGCUCCCUUGCUGACCCGGCAACACUUGGCACUCAGAUGGCUGUGCCCCUCCUUCAGCCGACUAACACCCGCCGUGAAACUCUUCCACGGCCAGAAGGCAAUCCGAUUUGCAGACCCAAUCAUCCUGCACUGGUGAAUUGUCCGAUGGCCGGCGGCAAGGAUCAUUGA